AUGCGACAGGUCCGCCUCCUGCUGGCAGUGGCCGUCAAUCUGCUGGCGCUGGGAGCUGCGGGCAAGAAAGAUGAGCCGACGAUUGAAGAGACGAAAUUCGAACACCAGCCGCGUAACAUCCUCUUCUUCGAGGACAGCGACACAGUCUUGCUCACCGAUGCCGAACUCACCAAAACCUACCGCUCCACGGACGGCGGCUCCAAGUGGGAGCUCUGCAAGAGUGGCGAUGAUGAGAUUGACGGUGUGAUGGAAGUGGUGAAGCAUCCGCUUGAUAAGAAGACGGCGGUCAUCUUGGGCCAUGACAAGGAGCACUGGAUCACUCAUGAUCGGGGAGAAACAUGGACGUCCUUCAAGUCCGAGGAGAGCCCAGCCCAUACUCGUCCAGGCAUCUCGUUCCAUGCGACGGAUCCCAAACGCAUGAUAUAUAAUGCGGAAUCAUGUACGGGCUUGAUGUGCACUUCGAAGCUAUACUACACCAAGGACGGAUUCAAAACCGAGCCAGAGAAACUUGGAGAGCAUCUGGAUCUGGAGACAUGCAUAUGGGCAAAGAGUACUGACAUCUUCACGACUGGAGAUGAGACGCUGGAUCAAGACCGCAUACUUUGCAUCACACAAGGCUCAUGGUUCUCGUCCAAGAACAAGGUCGUGUAUUCGGAUACUUUCUUCAAGGAUGACGACCACACGGAGCCUACGAUGAGCGAUGGAAGAACUGUCGAGGAUAUCACCAACAUUGCUGCUGUGAAGAAGUACAUCGUCUUCGCGGCAAAGAGUGACAGGACUUCUGAGAUGGCAAUGUAUGUGACAGACGACACCAAGACCUGGCAUCGGGCUGAGUUUGGUGAGCACAAGCUCGAGGAGGGCGCAUAUACCCUGCUGGAAAGCACCAACUACAGUAUGCAAGUGGACGUGAUGACGACGACCCAGAUGUCCCCGGUGGGAGUACUCUUGACGUCCAACAGCAAUGGUACGUUCUUUACGAAGAACCUGGAGCAUACCAAUCGCAACAGCAAAGGCUACGUGGACUUUGAAAAGGUAUCUAACAUCCAGGGUAUUGUCUUGGCCAACGUUGUCGACAACUGGGAAGAAGUCGGGCGCAAAUGGCUGGCCGAUAAGAAGAUUGUCUCCAAGAUCUCGUUCGACGAUGGCAGGACUUGGGAAGACAUGAAAGCUGACAAGGACACCCUCCAUCUGCACUCGGUCACUAGCCCGCACAACGUCGGCCGAAUCUUCAGCAGUCCAGCGCCUGGGAUUGUGAUGGGCGUUGGAAACACCGGGAAAGUACUCAAAGAGUACGAAGAAGGCGACCUAUACGUAUCUGAUGAUGCUGGUCUCAAUUGGAGGCGCGCGAUUGAGAAGCCACACAUCUACGAGUUCGGUGCUCAAGGCUCGGUGUUGGUAGCUGUGAGAGACGGCGAGACUGAUGUCGUCAAAUGGUCAAUCGACCAUGGCAAGAAUUGGGAGAAGGUGACUCUGAAAGACAAGGUCAAGCCAAUGCUUCUGACAACUACGCCUGACUCUACGUCGACCAAAUUCCUGUUGGUGGCGACCCGGGGCGGUGGCUCAGGAACAGAACAUUUGACCAUCGCCAUGAACUUCAAGGAUCUGUCAGACCGAAAGUGCAAGGACAAGGACAUGGAAAAGUGGUCGGCUCGUGUGGAUGACGACGGGGAGCCGACCUGCAUCAUGGGUCAUACUCAGCAUUUUAUGCGUAGAAAGGCGGACGCCGAUUGUGUCGUUGUUACUGACCAUUUUGAGGACCCGGAAGAAGAGAGAAAGCAUUGCAAAUGUACCAAGGCAGACUUCGAAUGCGACUACAACUUCAAGAAGGAAGGCGAUAAGUGCGUUCAGGUUGGUGCUAUCGUGCCCCCUGAUGGUGCUUGUGAUGGCGGAAAGACCAAGUUCAAGGGCACCUCGGGCUAUAGGUUGAUACCAGGAGAUGAUUGUGAUAUGGAUGCCAAAGGUUCCAUCAAUCUAGCCGAAGAAGUGGAUCGAGAAUGUACAGACACGAAGACCCCACCGGUCAAUGGCGACAUCUCGACCGAAGUCACCAAGUUCGAGGGCGACAGAUUUGUUGAGUACUACUACCUCGAGCGAGAGCGAUCCUCAUCCGGUGACGAUGAGUCUAUCGUCAUGCGGACUGAGCGACGAGAGGUAUGGAAGUCACACGAUCACGGCAAGAAGUGGGAGCAGGUUCUCAAAGAUGAAGAGAUCCUGGCCAUCUACCCUCACCAGUACAUCAACGACUACGUGUACAUGAUCACGCCUUCAAAAACGGUACACUAUUCCACCGAUCGAGCACAAAAGUUCCACAAGUUCGAGGCACCCGAGGAGCCAAAUCGAGAUGCCAUUCAAGUGUUGUCAUUUCAUCCGACCAACAAGGAUUGGUUGAUAUGGACGGGCUCCCGAGAUUGCAAAGACAAGUCGACGGACUGUUUGACGGUCGCCCACGUUUCCGAGCACGGAGGUGAAGGUUGGGAAACGCUGCUGCGCGCUGUCCGAAAAUGUCAAUUCGUCUACAGGGACGACCGCGAGGGAUCAGACAACUUGGUCUUCUGUGAACAAUACGAGAAUGAGAAUCAAGACUCCUCGUUAUUGCUCUUGAGUAGCGACGACUUCUUCAAACACCAGAAGGAGGUCAAACGGGACGUCAUCAGCUUCGCUACGAUGGCGGAAUACAUCGUGGUUGCUGUGCGCGAUACAGAGCAGGAAACCCUAAAGGUUGACACCAGCAUUGAUGGUGUCAGCUUCGCUGAUGCCAAAUUCCCGCGCAACUUCCACGUACCUCACCAGCAAGCCUAUACGGUGCUCGACUCAAGUACGCAUGCGAUCUUCUUGCAUGUCACCGUGAACAACAUCAAGGAUCAAGAAUACGGCAGCAUCAUCAAGAGCAACAGCAACGGCACUUCAUAUGUUCUUUCCGUGGCUGAGGUCAACAGAAAUGAUGCUGGCUAUGUAGACUUCGAGAAGAUGCAAGGUCUUGAGGGCGUGGCUGUCAUCAACCGGGUGGCGAAUGUCAAAGAAGUGGACGGAGGAAGCUCAAAAAAGCUUCAGACCUGGAUCACUCACAACGACGGUAGCCGCUGGGAGCAACUGUCGUUCCCAACAAUUCCGAAGGAUGAGAAGAACAAGAAGGACUUCUACCCCUGCCAGCAGAACAAUCAAGAAUGCAGACUGCAUCUCCAUGGCUAUACAGAACGCAAAGAUCCCAGGGACACGUACAGCUCAGCCAGCGCCGUUGGUCUCAUGAUUGGCACCGGCAAUGUUGGCGAGUUCCUUGGCUACAAGAAGGAUGCUGACACAUUCAUUACACGAGAUGGUGGACUGUCCUGGCACUUCGCCGCACCGGGUAACUGGAUGUGGGAGUACGGCGACCAAGGCUCUAUAAUCGUCCUCGUCAAAGAAGAUGAACCCACAGACUUCGUACGGUACACUCUGGAUGAGGGAGAAAAUUGGAAAGAGCACAAAUUCGGCGAAGAGAUGAUUGUUGAAGACAUCACUACUGUUCCGAGCGACACCAGCCGCAACUUCUUGCUCUGGGGCAAGAUUGGUUCAAGCAUUGCCACAAUCAACAUUGAUUUCAGUGGCCUGAAAGAAAGGAGCGUGCAAUGCAAGCUCGACGAGAACAAGCCUAAGGAUAACGACUAUGACCUUUGGGAGCCCAAACAUCCCUACGAGGACGAUGGCUGCCUCUUUGGUCACAUUGCCCAGUACCAUCGCAAGAAGACCAAGUCCGAAUGCUACAACGGCGAGAAGCGCGACCACUUGCAUAGUAUCUCGAAGAACUGCACUUGCACGCGUGAGGACUUCGAGUGCGAUUACAAUUACGAGCGUCAAUCACACGGGUCGUGUGAACCGGUAAAGGGCGUGGAGAGGCCAGACUCAGCGGCUGUUUGCAAGAAGAAUCCUGACCUCCUCGAGUACUAUGAGACCCAGGGAUAUCGUCGCAUCCCGCUGUCGACAUGUGAAGGCGGAUUGACCCUAGAUCAACCUGGUAAACCUAUUCCAUGCCCGGGUAAAGAAGAUGACUACAAGAAGAAACACGCCAUCAGCGGCGCUGGAUUGUUCUUCGCGAUCGUCAUACCCAUUGCCGCAGCCGCAGGCAUAGGCUACUGGGUCUGGAAGAACUGGGACGGCAAAUUCGGCCGCAUCAGGCUCGGCGACAACAUGGGAGGCGGCUUUGGAGACGCUUUCGAUGGCGAUGCGCCAUGGGUCAAGUACCCCGUCAUGGCAGUUUCUGGCAUCGUCGCCGUACUAGCUGCUAUACCACUUUUAGUGGGCAGUAUAUGGAGGACGGUAUCGUCAAUGCUCGGGAGAAGUAGCGGUGGUUACACAAGGCCUUACACGAGCAGGAGUAGUUUCCAGCGAGGCAGGGGUGAUUACGCCGUGGUUGAUCCCGACGAAGGCGAAUUGCUUGGGGAGGAUAGCGAUGAGGAUGUAUAG